AUGUCGUCCAGCAGCGAAAAGAAGGAACUCAUUGGACCUGCAGAAGAGGAAAUCAGAACACUUUUAUCUCAAUCAGGCGAUCCAUUGGAGGCUAUUCGUGCUAUACAAAAAGACUAUGGACUUGAUCUUGCUGGCAUUGACGAUAUGUAUCCAUUGCUGGAUCUCUGUGGCUACAGUCGUUUGGAGAUACAUGGCACUUGUCUGGACGCUUUGAAUAAAGCGACUGUGCAUCACAUUGAACAGCCUACAUUUCAGCUUGAAAACUUUUAUGAUUUAUUCGAAAAGACGUUCAAGUACAUCCAUAUUCCUCUUAUGCAACCUAUUCCUAUGGCAUUGUUAAAGAAGUUUGAACGUCAUAUUGGAGAGGACAUCAUCGACAAGCUUAAGAGCGAUUUAGCGGUGUUUGAGAACUGUCCGUUGAAUAUCAAGCAACGUAUUUGGAAGCAGGAUGAGUCUUUCUUUCAGCAGACUAUGAUCUCUUUAUUGAACGAUUACCAUCACGAUGAGGCAUUGCAGCUAUUGGCAUUGGACUUGAGACCUGACAAUUACCAAGAAAUGAUUGAAGAAAGACGCACACAUCCCAUCGUCCUCAAAGUUAUGGACACCAUCAGCCAGGACCCAGAAAUCUACAAAAUGUUUAUGCAGAUGAUUCGCAUCGUAUUCGCAGCUACACCGUAUCCCAGUUUGUGCUCCUUGCGUGUCGAUGUAUUGAUGAAUUUCCAUGACUUGGACUGUGACCCUAUUCUGAGAAUCGACAAGUGUCAUCAGCUCAUUUGGUCUCUUGAUAGUUGUGUGCGAAACCAAAACAUGGACGAGACAAUCAUUGAAAAGAUCAAAGAAUGCUUUGAUAAUGUCAAGAAUGGAUCUAUACUUUAUGCGGACUUUGCCAUGGUGUUGAUGGACCCAAUGAUUUCAAACUUUUUAGCAUCGACUAUUGUCAAAUGGCUAAGAUACAAUGUGGAGGACAGUACACAGCAAGAAGAUUUAGAAGACUUGACAAACUACAAUGGCAAAUUGCUCAAUCUAGCAGAACAUGCACCCUACGCCAUUGCCAAUGCCGCAAAAAUCCCCAAAUUAGACAAGGAUUUGAAAGAGAGUUACUGGAGUGCUAUUUGCUCGCUCAUGCUGGAGGAAGGAAACGACGUUACAAUGCCAAUGGGAGAGAAGCCAGCAUCCAUUAUCCUGCCGCUACUGCGUCGCAGCGAUAUUGCCCGAAAGGUGUUUGUUCACUACCUCGUGGACCGCACAUUUGAAGGUGAUGUAAAGACGUUGACUCGCUGCUUACCGCUCAUAUUGGAAACAUGGCCAGCACCUGACUUUGAGGAGGAAGGCAUCAUCUACAGACAAACCUACUUGAGCUUCAUAAAGACAAUGAUGGAUAUUCUGAUCAAGCGCAACUUGUAUGACUGCAUUGCUGAUAUCAAAUGGAGACAGGCAGUCGUGGAAGGAUUUCUGUUGAAGGUGGUUGCCUGGGAUUGCAGAAUCCAUGAACAGAUGAUUCGCUUCCUGGCAGAGUACUUUUUAGAUCCAAAGAUCUUGGUCAAGCUGGGGCCUCAGGUUGGCAUCAUUGUCGAAUGGGCAGAUACAAUUGUAGUGAAUGGAUUGAAGGAUGACAAGCACAUGAAGGCACUCAAGGAUCUCUACGCCUUUCUAUUAUCGAGAUCCAACAGUAUACUCAAUGGCGACUACAGAAUUAGCCCACCAUCCGUCAUUCAGUUUGUCUCUUCUUGA